AUGAAUCUAUCUGUUUCUGGAGCAACUAGGCCUGCCCCGCUUCCCCUUGGCAACAAUCCCCUUCCUUCUGACGCCAAAGAACCCCAUCAUGACAAUUCAUACAUAGAAGACAACGACAAUGCUUAUCCUUACCCAGACGAUCCAGACAAUCCAGACAAUCCAGACAACGCCAAGGGAGUGCUCGUGGAGGAACCGCUGAUCCGUGUCCCACCGGAUGAUGCCAAGGGGCCUCCCAAGCCUCCUGGCAAUGAUGGAGGAGCCGGCAUGCCUCUAUUUGAUGCUCACCCAACGCUACGGAACAUUUACUUGCGCACUUGGGCUCAGUACGCGUUCAACCAUGCAACACAAGACUCUGUUCAAUUGAUACUGGAGUCCCACAAAUUGGCCCUUAUGGCCAAUGCACAAUACCUCCCUCAGCUGCUUGUUGAAGAGAUUCAACAAAUGCCUCUUACUCUACGGUCGCUUGAGCGCCGGCUUGGAAUGGACCACUCGGAACUAAUCAGAAUCUAUCCUGUGUGCCCCGAGCCCACAUGCGGCAGACAAUACACCAUGGAGCAACUUUACCAGCUCCCCAAUCCCCAGUGCACUUGGAACGUUGGAGAACAAUGCCUUGGUAUUCUAUACACGGAGCGCUUACUUGCCAACGGUACUAUCAAGCGUAGCCCCUCUAAAUCAUUUCCUUACAUUCCUCUCCCUGCUGCUCUUGGUUGUCUAUUGUCCCGCCCCGGUAUGUCCAAGCUUUGUCAACAUUGGCGUAACAACAACAAUCCCAACGAUGAGCCAACUGAGAACCCAACAAGGCCUCAGGAUCCUGUGGAGUGGUUCAACAACAUGCCAGUCAACCAACAAUUUUCGGACAUCAGCAAGGGCUGGGGUUGGCGGGCGCAUGCAACGGGACUCACCCAACAAUUUAUUAAUGGCAACCUUACACUUAAUGCCAAUGGAUACCAGGCAAACAAAGGCGAUUACACUGCCGGUGGAAGUUAUACUUCCAACAGAGUGUAUAUUGUUAUCAAUAAUCUUCCGUAUUUCAAACGGAAUUUAUUUGAAAACACAAUCCUUGCAAUGGUACUCCCUGGACCAACGGAGCCUAAGGACUACGCGUUUGACCAAAUGAUGGAGCCUCUUAUUGACAAUUUAAUUUCUCUGUCUAAUGGCAUGUCUAGCAUUGAGUUGCCGGUGCACAAUGCUGAGACGGGGGAAAUUCAAGACCAAUGCGUUUACGCAAACUUAUCCGUCCUUGUGGUCGAUUGGAUCGCGCGCAUCAAGUGUAUAGGUCAUGUUGGCGCUACUUCCAAAGAAAACCACUGCCCGUAUUGCAAGCUACGGGCCUGUUUGCUGUCGACCGAGCAAGGCUAUGACCAUGAAGUUUAUGAUCUUUGCAAGCCUCACAAGCAUUUACAGCAUAAGCACCGCUGGCUCUGUGCGGAAUGGUGUCGUGCACCACUGUAA